UUGUUUUUCCUCUAAAUGAUCACGGCCCAUGUGGCACCACCCAUAGCUGUGUCGUUGAAAGACAGUUGCCUCCUCGUUGCCCUCACUGCUGAACAAACUUUCCAAAUGAAAGCUGGUCAAUGACGUCAGCCUACUACGACCAACCGAGGAGCUUUUCCCCGGACACCUUUUUUGGUAAUCCUCUUUCCUUGGGGGAGCUGUCCGAUCAGCACCACACUGUGCGCUCGGCUUGUGCCAGGAAUAGUCUCGGUGAACACAUGUCCAUUUAACCGGGCUUACGGUGACAGGCUCGUCCUCUAUCGGAUCUUAUGCUCCGAGUUUUUCGAGAUGUUUGUGUUGCGACAUGGCGCUGCUUAGUAGAAGUCGUCACCCGUGAUGUCUUAUUUCCUUUUUCCUGGGUUGUCCUCACUUAGGGUUUCACUUUUACGCACGACCUCCAAGUUGAUUUCAUUAGACGGUGUUGAGGCUGUAGUAUUCGGCUUUCCCCUUUACGGCAGACCCGAGCCGCCGCCGGUAUGAUUUCAAUCUUGUUCGGGUUGUUAUGUUGUUGUUGGGCACUGGGCUCCGGUCAACUUGCGAGCGGCCAGGCGGACGAUGGGAAGCGGUUCAUCUGCCGGGCAAUACCCCUCAGCGGCGAUGCCAGUUGCCCCGUGACGCUGUUGCCGGAGCUUAACGCCGGCAGCCAAGAAGAGGAGCUCAGGAACACCGUGAUGCAGCUACGCGAGACAAUUCUGCAGCAGAAAGAAACGAUUUCCAAACAGCGAGGCACCAUCAACGAGCUUACCACCAAGCUGUCCCUCUGCGCCUCGGCCACCGACGACAGGAAGUACGACAAGGGGGGCCCCUGGGGCAAAGAGAAGCAAAAUACCAUGGGGGACGUACCCAGAGAUCCUAACGACACCAUUGACAGUCUUGGCAAAACCAUGCAAGGGCUCAAGGACCGGCUGGAGAACCUGGAGCAACAGCAGAUGCGAGCCAACGUAUCCGGCGCUUCGUUCCCCAGCGAGCUGCGCAACUUGCUGCAGCGUCGGCUCGGGGAGCUGGAGAAACAGCUCCUGAAGAAAGUCAGCAACCUGGAGGAGGAGAAGAGCAUGCUGUCGAAUGCCACAGCCGCCUACCGGCUGAAGACCGAGAGCACGCUGAACGCCCUGGUGGAGAGGAUCAGUGAGCUGGAGAAAGGGGGAGGAGACUUCAAGUCCCCGGAGCAGUUCAAGCUGUCCCUGCCCCAGCGGACCAACUACCUGUACGGCCGCAUCACUAAGACCCUGCCAGAGAUGUACGCCUUCACCCUCUGCAUGUGGAUCAAGUCCAGUGCCAGUCCGGGCAUAGGGACACCGUUCUCGUAUGGGGUGCCGGGCCAAGCGAACGAAAUAGUGCUGAUCGAGUGGGGCAACAACCCUAUAGAGCUUCUCAUCAAUGACAAGGUUGCCCAACUGCCAUUGGAGGUACGUGAUGGGAGAUGGCACCACAUCUGCAUCUCCUGGACAACGCGAGACGGCCAGUGGGAGGCUUACCAGAAUGGAGAAAGACUGGGGAGUGGUGAUAACCUGGCGGCCUGGCACCCCAUCAAACCUGGGGGAGUCAUCAUCCUGGGGCAGGAGCAGGACGUGGUGGGCGGGCGCUUUGACGCGGGACAGGCCUUCGUGGGCGAGCUGAGUCAAGUGAACAUUUGGGACCGCAUUCUGAAGCCGGUCGAGAUCCAGUCCAUGGCCAACUGCAGUACUUACAUCCCCGGGAACGUGGUCCCCUGGCUGGCAAGCAACGUUGAAGUGUUUGGGAGGGGAGCAUUCAAGCGGCCUUUGGAGUUGUGUCAGGAGCGGCUGCCCAAUGCUUAAAAACUGCUUCACUGCCUCUGCUUUGAUUCAUCGGUGUUUGCAUCCACUCAGCAUUUGUUCUUGUUUACCGUCUGCUCUGACUGUAGGGAAGUUGAUUGACUCUCUGUUAUACAUGCAUGUGUAACAGUGUUGUUUUAUUUGGUUUUGCACAGAGAUACUGUAUAUUGGGGAUACGUUGAACCAGGUAGGAUCUCUCACAAUCAAAUGCACGCAUGCGCACGACAGCUGUGGACAUUUUGACAAUAGGAUCUGGGACGUUGAAUGUGGUAACACACCAAAGUGCACAUUGUACCGUGGAGGCUGAACAGUGGCAAUCAGGGAAUUACCUACUUGCAUUUCUUUCUCCGCCUUGAUUAAGGUACUUAGGUCAGUACGCCCACACCACGGCGAAAAGGUCCACUCAGGUCUUACUGCUAACACCAACCCCCCCCCCCUCUCCACCCUCGACAGCUUUGAGGCCAGCAGGGAAAUCCAAGCUGGUGCGGCACAGACGCACACAGCUACUGCGGCUACUACAAAUACACUGAGGUUCAGAACAGCUGACAGUUUGGCGUUGGCAUGUGAGCUGGUGUCGUUUGUGUGCUGUGUGGGAGGGGAAGAUUAAAGGUUUUGCCAAUGUUAUGUCUAUUCCUUAGCCAGGAAAUGGGCUUAGAGCCAACAUCAAUCAGGUCUCUGAUCCUGACGCGUUCAGUAACUUUGUGUGGGGAAUGUAACUGGACAAAAGCUAUUUUGCACUUUAUCUGUGUCGUGGCACUGGUUUGUACUGUAGUUUGAUUUAGUCUUAACAUAUAAUUCUCUGCAUGUGUAACUGACACCAGUGAUACUAGUGAGUCUGUCACAGUGCUUCUUUUCCUCCUGCCUUUUGCAUUUGGAGACUCAUGUUACGUAUAUUCAUAGCAUCAAUAUUGUGUCUAAAUCUGUGAUUUGUAAUGUCAAUGCAGUGAAUAUUGUGACCAGGCAUCCAACAGAGAUUUGAUCAUGAGACCCAUCAAAAAUCUUACAAAUAUAUUUUGAAUGUGCUGUUGAAUUUACCUUCAUUAUUUGUCUGUAUCAUGUAAUUACACAUCAUAUGAUAUUUUUCAUAUUUCAGUAUGAGUACAUGUAUUGGGAAUUGAUCACCUUGUUUUGUGGCCUUCUAAUGGAGACCCAAGUGCCGUUUAAUGUUUUCUAAAUGUCAAAAAUGAAUUGUUUUGCCAGUAAAAAAAAAAGGGGAAAAU